AUGUCGCUCGAGCCGACGGGAAGGACUUCUACCUCUGGUUGGAUUGCAGACUGGACUGCCAGGUCCCGUUGCGGGCAUUUGUGGCACAAGGUUUCCGGACGUCGAGUGCCACAGAUACAGUAUGCUGCUCUUUCUGGUCGACUUGACCACCUCCUCGAUUAUGCAAACAAAAGGGCCAGCGUAGAGGCCAUUAUGGUCUUCCCUACCCCGCCUCCUCUCAUUGCAGCUGCGCAAAUUCUAUGUGCUAUUGAAAAAGAGUCCCCGCAAUACAGGUUGACCAAAUACAAUUGCUGGUUCGUCGUCUCUACUGUCCAGGAAGUGUUGCUGCUGAGGUUUGGGGCCAACUAUGAGCCAUCUCAUGGUUAA